AUGGCUGUGGCUCCGACUCCUACGAAUACGAAUACGACGUCGUCGGUAAUACCGUAUGAGGGGGACGACCCCUUAACACUCGCGUUGGCGCCACCGCCGGACGAGACGGUGGAACAGAAACAGCAGAGAGAGGCAGCAGAGGCAGAGGCUCAGCGACGGAGCGAUGAAAUCGACGAGCAGAUUCAAAAAGAACGGGAGCUCGAGAGACGGAAGAAGAGGCCGGUCAAGCUGUUGCUGUUAGGGCAAAGCGAGAGCGGCAAGACAGCCACACUCAAAAAUUUCCAACUGACGUACGCCCGCCGAGAAUGGACCGAAGAGCGCCUGCUGUGGAAAUCCGUCAUUUUCUUCAACCUUGUCCGCAAUGUCAAUGACAUCCUCGACAUCCUUGCUCAGGAAAUGUCUCGGUCUGCUACAGCCCUUGCUGACAACAGCAGUGACGACUCCUCCGCCGACGAGUCACCCACUGUUCCCCUCAAGUUCAAGGAGACCCACCGCCUGCUUAAACUCCGCCUCGGGCCCCUGCGCCGGAUCCAGACAGACCUCGAGCGGAGACUGGGAAACGCGGCUAUCGAGCUCAAGACGACUGAUGUGAUGACUGCUGCGCCCUUCAAUAAACCCGCCAUCAAUGAGUUUUCCAUAAACGCGACAAACGGCUGGAAAACGGCGUUUGACAAGCUCAAGGCGAUGCGCCGUCCGGAGAUGGGCGGGCUACAGCAGAUGAAGGAUGAGGAGGAUGAGAUUGCAGAUGUCGUUGCAGGGUGCAGAGAAGAUAUGAAAGCGAUCUGGGAAGACCCGGUGAUCCGAGAGAUGCUUGCUAGGAGGAGAGAUAGAAUCGAGGAUUCUCCUGGAUUCUUUCUCAACGACGCGGAACGCAUCGCUGUCCGGAAUUACCAGCCUACCGACGACGAUAUCAUCCGCGCGAGAUUGCGGACAUUGGGCGUGCAGGAGUACAGAUUCAUCUUUGAUCAUGGCCGGACCGUUGGCCAAGAGUGGCGCUUGUAUGACGUGGGUGGAACUCGAAGCAGCCGGGUAGCGUGGUAUCCCUACUUUGACGAUGUGGAUGCAAUCAUCUUCCUUGCUCCAAUAUCCUGCUUCGACGAGAAGCUAGCAGAAGAUCGUCGGGUAAACCGGCUGGAAGAUAGCUACAUGCUAUGGAAAUCUGUUUGCUCCUGUAAACUCCUUUCGCGAACACAGCUAAUCCUCUUCCUCAACAAAUGUGAUCUCCUCCAAGCCAAACUAGCACGGGGUGUCAAGAUCAGAGAUUUCGUCCCGAGUUAUGGGGAUCGUGCGAAUACUCUGGCUAUGGCUACUAAAUACUUCCAACAGCACUUUCGAGAGAUCUCAAGGCAGAAUUCCCCUGUGCAGAGACCGUUCUAUGUGCAUAUGACUUCUGUAAUUGAUACACGGUCGACAGCGGCUACUCUGGGUGCUGUUGAAGAAUCUAUCCUACGGGAUCACCUCCGUCGUGCUGAUCUUAUGUGA